AUGGCCGGCGGUGGUUUCGAGCUCAAUGGUAAUCAAAGCGGGUCGAUCAAGAACUAUCCUGGAGAACUCACUUUUUAUGUGUUGAUAACAUGCAUUGUUGCAGCUAUGGGCGGACUCAUCUUCGGUUACGACAUUGGUAUCUCAGGUGGCGUCACGUCAAUGGCUCCAUUUCUGCAGAAAUUUUUCCCAUCUGUUUAUGAGAAAGAAGCUUUGGACACUUCAACCAAUCAAUACUGCAAAUUUGAUAGUGUUGCCCUCACCAUGUUUACUUCUUCUCUUUAUUUGGCUGCACUUUUGGCUUCUUUUGUAGCAUCUUGGGUCACCAAAACCUUCGGUCGUAAAAAGUCUAUGCUUCUCGGUGGCUUCGUAUUUUUGGUUGGUGCUGCCAUUAAUGCUGCAGCUCAAAACAUCGCCAUGUUGAUCAUUGGUCGUAUUUGUUUGGGCAUUGGUGUUGGAUUCUCAAUUCAGUCUGUUCCACUUUAUGUCUCGGAGAUGGCUCCUUCUAAAUACCGAGGCUCUCUGAAUGUUGUUUUCCAACUAUCGAUUACGAUCGGCAUUCUAGUGGCUAAUCUUGUUAAUUUUG